AUGGCUAGCCAACAGGCGUACUUUCAGGAUGUGCUAUUUGGCAUGAAGAAAGCGCUGGCGCGCGCUGACGAUGCCUCCGACUCUGACGAUUCUGUCGAACGACUUACAAAUCGCGGCCAGAAGAGAAAGCGAAACGCGAAAUAUGUGCAAGAGGGUCGCCUGGACAAUUCAGUCGGGCCGCGUGUAUACAGAAGGCAAAUCGAACACGCAGGGUACCAGCGACACAUCAUCUCUCACAACCCUCAGCGCUUUGACGCAGAUGGCGACCCGCUUGAAGACGACGAGGAAGAUUCCCAGGCUGACGCGGAUGCCUUAGAGGAGAACCCCUUCGGGGAAGUGAAGCUCGAAGAACUACUUGCACCAUUAACCUCGGCGGCCGACCUGCCCACGCACCCCUCGCUCUCUACACCAUACUACUCGAAGAGUCUCACGGAGAUGGUCGAAGGCGCCCGCCUAACCCUACAAAGAGAAAAGGCGAACCUGUGGAGGAUGAAGCAUCUGUUAACGAGGUUCCGGGGCGACCACACAUGGACGCCGUGUGGUAUCUUCGCGACAGACUACGAUCAAGUACUCCUUCGCGCGUUGAUGCCGUCAAACUAUCGCGCCGUUUUCGCAUUCCAGAACGGAGGCCCGCAAGAUCAAGGGAGCCUCUCAUGGGAUAACAAUUCUGAUUCACGAACGCUGGGGAUGGAUGGCCUACAAACACCGCCAACCACGUCCGCGCUGCUCCAAGCGCCAGAGGCAGAGGCUCGACCGGCAGAGGACGUGCAAAUGUUAGGAGGGACCAGCGUGCAGCACUUCGAUGCAGCAGAGGCGACAAUCGACACUGUGAAAGCAAUCGCGAAAAAGGCCAACGGAGAAGAAUCAGCGGCGCAGAAUGGUGCUACAACAGAUGGCGUCACGAAGGCGAUAGACCAUAGCGGCGAAGCCGACGACUCCGCUUCCCAGCCACCCGCCCACCGCAUGACUACUCGAGCUCAAGCCCACGCAAACUCGAAUCCCCUAUCGCCACGAAGCUCACCAACGCGAAGCGCGACCGCCGACGUGGUACCGCCCAUACAUCCAUUCUUCAACUUCCUGCCAUCAUGUCGACCAGACCGCGACGUGGGCCUCCCGCCCGAAGUCGCGGAAGAUACGCGGAAGUUCCUGAACCUAUAUGUUCAGCGGCAGGAGGAGGUGAUUCGAGGGGUUGAGCAGCUGUACGAUGGGCUGCUGAAAGCGGAACGCAUGCGCAAGGAGGUGAUCAAGUGGGCCAAAGCGGAAGGGCAUGUCGGCGAGAUGAGCGAUGGGGAAGACUGGUACGACAAGGAUGAAUGGGGGUUGCUUGAGGAUUUGGUGAAGGGAAAGGAGGAGGAGGAAGUUGAUGAGGUGCCGGGGAAGAAGACCAGGGGGAGGACAACCAAGUAG